GGAGCAGUGGGUCCCGCUUUUGACGACGAAACGCCGCCCGCAUGAUUAUUGCUGAUUGAUGCGAAAGCUAAGCUAUAGCCGUUGAAAGCUAAGACAGCAGGAAGAAAAGCUUGGAAUGAGUGAGUGAGUGGAGAAGAAGAAAGUGACAAGAAACACGAAGAAAUUCUCACACUCACACACUGAGACUCAGCUGAGCUCAGCUCCGUGGGCUAUGGCGGAUUUCUCCUCCGACACGGACGACUCCUCCGCCGUGGAGGAGCUCAUCUCUCAGACCAGAGACCUCUGCGUCCUCGAGCAAGUCGCCGCCAUCAACUGCUCCGGCUUCUCCGAUUCCCCUCUCCCCCCCGACCUCGACUCCCGCUUCCGCAGGCUCAAGUCCUUCCCCCUCACCAAGCCCCACUCCUCUGCUCCUCCCGGUCGGCAGAGGCCGGAGGCGGCCCCGACCGACAGAAACGGUGGGGCGAAGUUUGAAGAGGAGAAGAGUGAAUCCUCGUCGGCUUCAGCAGACGGGGGAGGCAGAUCUAAGCAGUCAUGUUCGAGGUCGGUUUCCUUUCCGGUAUCAUCGAAUUUCGAGGACUUCGAGGAAGGGAAAAGGGUUUCAAAGCUGACUGGAAAAUCUGGGAAAAUCAAGGAGACUGAGAAGGAAAGAAAGCUCGGGAUCCUGACACCUUCAGACUCUUCAGAUUCAUCCAUGGAAGAUGAUAUUUUCUCUCCAUCGGAACUAAACAUAGAAGAGAAGAGCCGUUCAAGAUCCAAAUCCAAAUCGAAACUCGGCUCAGCGUCCUCUCCUCUGGGCUCAUCCAGAUCGUGGAUGAACUCCCCCUCCCCUCCGAGAAAGACUGGUUGCUUCUGGUGCUCCCCCAAGAAAGCUUCCCCGAAGAUAAAGAGUAAGGAGAAUCGAGUCAAAGGCAUGAGCUUUGAUUGGUCCCAGCAGGAUGAUAUUCUGUCGGACUUGGGCAUUUUCUCUAAGAAAGAGCAGCAGAAGAUGCUGAAGAAGGCAAUGAAAGAGGAAGAGAGGAUAAGUCGGGAAGCGGAGAAAAUCGUGAGGAUGGCAAAACAGGCUUCGGCGAGGAUGACUGUGACCUCGAUUGAAGAUGAGCUUGGCGAUGAUGACAGCCCUAAACAUAUAUAGUUCGGGCAGGCUCCAGCAUUUAUAGAGGUACUGCUAAAGACAGAAUACAAGUGUUCGGAUAUCUCGAAUAUACGUAGCAAAGACAAAUAUGUACUCUGUUUUUUGUGUGGUAUAGGCAGUAAGUAUAGGGUUAUUUCUUUCGGAAUACUAGUUCAAAGGUUAAAUGCCGAGGAGUUGUAAUUCGUCGAAAGAAUUUUAUUGAGCACCUUAAAGGCUUUUUGCUUGCAAAACGUUUUCUCGGGCACUUGGCUUUGCUUGUUGCCUCCGAUCCCGUUUGGUGGUUAAAUGAAUGUUCAUAACA